UCAACCGAAGACAAUCCUAAAACCCUAAAACCAUUUGGCUAUGGUGUAAUUUGGCACUCAAAUUAUUCCCGUGGUGGCGUGGUGGUUAUGCCGUGGUUCCCGUGUUAUAAGCUAUUCUGAACUAUUUCUGUCUCCGAGACCACAAAUAUCGAGAAUAAUCUUGUUGGGGAAACUGCUUGACAUCGCAUGGAUCUAGGAACCGAAACAAUUACAUCAAAGUACGAAGCCAAGCUUCGCCUCGACGAUCUGAUCGACGCGAAAUUGUCCGAGUAUCAUUCCUUGCAAGAGUUGGCAGGAAGCACCGAUGACCGCCUUCCACCGAGUCGGAGGGCUCAGCUCAAGCAAAGGCGACAUGAACUAGCACUGGCGUACAAUGACCGUGGACACAUUCAUUAUAGGCUGAUUGAAUUUGACGAAGCUGUGGACGACUACACAGAAGCGCUGAAAUACAACGACUGCUUAGCGGCAGCUUAUUACAAUCGGGGCACUGUGCACUACAGAAUGGGUUGUUUCAGCACCGCACUGCUGGACAUGGAAAAGGCCGUGUCUUUGGAUCCUAACAACAAGGAAUUCUUCAAAGGUCUGGAGGAGACUAAGCGGCGACUUUGAAGCUUGCAUUUUAUCCGGUGACAAGAUUUGCUCAAAUAUCUCCAGCUAAAUAAAUUAAAGAAGAAAAUCGUGCAGAACAAUCACACAACCAUAACUUCAUUUCUUGACCGAAAAGAAACAAAGAAAAAAAAAAGCUAUAAUCAGGCCUUAUAAUUAGUUAGCCGCUUGCAUUUUGCUGCAUAUAAAUUCUUACGACAAACUUUAAACAUGUCUCAGAAAGGAAAGAAAUGUAAAAUAUCUCUUCAAACUAAGCUUAAGAUUAUCGAGGCUGCUCAACGGCAAGCCUCGUACACUUCUAUUAUGAAAGAAUUCGACAUUUGCAACAAGUCGACAGUAGCCAUGAUACUAAAGAAUAAAGAAAAGUAUAUUGCUGCAGCACAAAAAACAAAUCUAGAGUGCCACAGGAUAUCGUCUUUUUCAAGAUAUCCCGAGGUCGA